AUGGCAGAUGCGCUGGGGGCUGCUAAGCCGUGCCUUCGUCAGAUCCUCGAGCAGAUGAUGCAAUCGGUCGCCUCAACCAAAGCCCAGGCAGCAUGGGGAGUGGCCACAGCUGCACUACUGUACCUGAACCUGAAGAGGAUCCCUUUUGUUUGGCAUUUUCGUGUGUUCAGCCACAUUUGGUGGCCCAAGAAUGGGCUUUUCGAGCACAAACCUGGAGCUAUCUUCCAGCCGGUAGUCACACCUUCUCGGGUUGCUCUGCUGGAGACCGACUACAAUUUGCACAAGUCAAAUAGCACCUACUUCUCUGAUCUUGAUGUUGCUAGGACGGACCUUCUCGCCGCCCUGAGAGCUCAAGCAAUUGACGGCGGUCUGUACAAGGAUUACAAGAGAGGUGUUCAAGUUCUGCUUGCAGGCACCUCCUGCACCUUCAAGAAGGAAAUCAAGCCUGGUGCUGCCUUUAACAUGCAAAGCAGAGUCCUCACCUGGGAUAAGAAGUGGGUGUACAUUGUAACCCAUUUUGUCGAGAAGCGGAAAGGGAGCAAGUCGCCCACCUACCAACCAUGGAAGGAAGUAGAUGAAGGCAAGACUGACCAGUCAUCGCCUCUUGUCUAUGCGGCAGCAAUCUCGAAAUGCGUUGUCAAAGCCGGUCGUCUCACUGUGCCACCGCAGAAGUUCUUCCAGGCGGCAGGAGUUCUUCCUUCGGUGGAUCAACCUGAAGGAUCCAUUGCAGACGUCACGCCAGAGUUGCGUCGCCAACGAGCGUCCAUCUAUACCCCAGCCUCGCGCUCUGCAGUCUUCGAUUCCAACAUAAAUCGCUGUCCGACAAUGCCGAACACCGUCUAUGUCAUUACUGGAACCAACAAAGGCAUCGGCCUUGGCCUAGUGAAGACCUUGUUAGCGAGACCAUCUACAACAGUUGUUGCCUCCGUUAGGAAUGAUGAAGCUGCUUCUUCACUGAAGUCCAGCGUCCGAGAUGUAAACAAGGGUAACGGCAGCGAGCUUUUUGUCAUGUUGCUUGACUUCAACAUCGCCCCUGAUAGCACUGCCGUCCGCAAAGCCUUCGAUACGGCGACUGGCGGCGCCGUCACCCGAAUCGAUGUUCUCAUUAGCAACGCCGCCGUAUCUACCACAGCAUCGCGCUCAGUCUUGACCACCGCCGAGGAACUAAGGAGUGCAUUCGAAAUCAACACCAUCGCACCCUUGAUGGUGUUUCAAGGUCUCUGGCCGCUCCUGGAAAGACCGCAGGAAGCAGACGGCCCCCCUGCGAAGUUCAUCGGAAUCACGUCAUCGCUUGGAUCCAUCGAAGAACAAGAGCCUCUUCCUGCUGGCGCUUAUGGUCCCAGUAAGGCUGCGCUUAACUGGUUGGUCAAAUCGUUGCAUAUACAACAUCCAGACUUGGUAAGCGUGGCUGUCCACCCCGGAUUUGUUCGAACGUCUAUGGGUGAAGAUGCCGCGAAGCAGUGGAACUUUGAUCUCAAUCGACUUGACACGAUUGAAAGCUCUGUUACUGGCGUUCUCGAGGUCAUCGACGGAGCGAGCCGUGAGUCCACGUCCGGAAAAUUGGUAACACAGACUGGCCAAUUGAUUGCAUGGUGA